AUGGCACGAUCUCGCGGGAAGGGAGGUAAAUCUCUCACGAAGGGAGGAAAGGCUUCGGCCGAAGAGAGUACCGCCGCCACUGCCGCUCCCUCGAUCCUCUCACCAGAGUUGAUGGCCGAGCUCGGCGAUGACAGCGCUGGCGGAGCCAUGGUAACCCAGAGCGCCAGCAACAAAGGAAAGAACAAAAAGAGAGGGCGCGUCGUCAGCAGCGAAACACGGGAGCUUGCGGCUACCAUCAGCAAGAGCAAGGCCAAGAAGCUCAAGCAACUGGAGGACAAGAAGCUCAAGGACGGGCGGAGGGCGGAGCUGUACCUCAAGCUCGAAAAGAACCGCAUGUCGCAGAACCAGCUGUCCCUCCUGCAGUCCUCCAAGACGAUCAGCAUGAACCAGGACACCCUGAGAUCGAGGCUGAAGCAGGCGGUGCAGAAGGCGGUGGCCGGCGUGGCCCUCAGCGAUGCCGCCAUCAACGAGCUCGAGAGCCACCCCGGACCUGUCGCCGAUAUCGAAGACGCGCUGGCGUUGCCGGUGGGAGGCGCCCUGGCAGCCGCGAGGAAAAGCAGCGGCCGUACAGCCACGAGAGCACCAGAAGGAGGAGGAGGAAGAGGAGGAGGCAGCAAGCCGGUGGUGGCGGUGAAUAAUAAGGGAGGAGGCAGCAAGUCGGUGACUGCCGCUAAGGCAGACGAUAGCAAGCGCAUGGGGAGCGCCAAGGCCGGAGCCGGUCUCGCGAGGGACGGGGCAGCAGGGGCGACGGCGAAUGGUGUGAAGGAGAAGGCCGAGGCCGUCGUGGUGCCGCUCCCGUCGGCGUCGGGCGAGAGCGGCUACGGCCACCCGUCGACCGGCGGCGGAGCCAGCUUGCCGCCGCGUCCCAAGAGGUGGGUGCCUGUAAAGCGCCCGGUCGCCCUGCAGGCCGCUCGCCAGCAACUGCCCGUGUGCGGGAUGGAGCAGGAGAUCAUGGAGGCCGUCCACGAGAACGACACGAUCAUCCUAUGCGGGGAGACCGGGUCGGGGAAGUCCACCCAGGUGCCCCAGUUCCUUUACGAGGCCGGCUACGCCGCGCACGGCCUGAUCGGGGUGACGCAGCCGAGACGGGUCGCGGCGGUGGGCACGGCGGAGAGGGUCGCCGUCGAGCUCGGCACCAAGUGCGGGAAGGGGGGAACGGUGGCGUACCAGAUCCGUUACGAUGCGUCCGGGGUCGGGGAGAAGACGAGGGUCAAGUUCAUGACGGACGGUGUCUUGCUGCAGGAGAUCACCUCUGACCUGCUGCUGCGCAAGUACAGCGUGGUGCUGCUGGACGAGGCGCACGAGAGGAACCUUAACACGGACGUGCUGCUGGGGAUGCUUUCGAGAUCGAUCCCGCUGAGAAAGCAAGUGGCAGAUGAAGAGCAGCGUGCGUGGAACAUGCUCGGCGAGGAUAGCAAGAAAGACGCGAAGCUUCCGCUGCGGCCUCUGAAGCUGGUGAUAAUGUCUGCCACGCUGAGGGUGACCGACUUCACGGAGAACAAGGCGCUGUUUCCGGUGCCUCCUCCGGUCAUCAGCGCGACAAGUCGGCAGCACCCGGUCACCGUGCACUUCAGCAAGAGGACGGAGCUCUACGACUACUCCGGCGAGACCUUCAAGAAGGUGUGCAAGAUCCAUCAGCGUCUGCCGGAAGGCGGCAUCCUGGUCUUCAUGACGGGGAAGCGAGAGAUCCUGCACAUGUGCGACAAGCUCCGACGAGAGUUUCCGCCGCCGAGGCCGGCCGCCGCCGGUAAACGUGGCCGCAAGAAGAGCGGCGGUAGCAGCAGCAGCAGCAGCAGCAGCGCGAAGCAAGGAGAGGCCGGCGGUGCGGCAAAGCAAGAGGGCGGAGCCAAAGAGGAUAGAGCCGGAGGGGAUGGUGAGGCGAAGGAGAGCGGGAGCGGAGAAACGACGCGGGAUGACAUGGAUGCUGCUAAGCAGGCGAAGUCGCCUAAGGGCAAGAAGGGUAAGGAGAAGAACAACAACAAGAACAAGAACAAGGAGCCGUCCGAGGGCAACCCCGUGGUGCCGGAGCCACUGCAGGAGGAAGAGCGGGAGGGUAGUGUCGAUGCUGCUAAGACAACCAAGUCGCCCGAGGGCAAGGGCAAGAAGACCAACCCGCCCAAACCGGUGGUGCCAGAGGCACUGCAGGAAGAAGAACAGGAGGAUGGUGUCGAUGCUGCUAAGACGACGAAGUCGCCCAAGGGCAAGAAGGGUAAGAAGAAGAAGAAGAAGUCGCCCAAGGCGGUGGCGCCGGAGACGCUGCAGGAAGAAGAGCAGGGGGGCGACGUCGAUGCGAAGAAGGCGAAAUCAUCCAAGGGCAAGGGUACGGAGAGGAAGCCAGGGAAAAAGGAAGAGCCGGUGGUGCCGAACCCACUGCAGGAGGAGGAGCAGAGCGAUGAUGUCGAUGCUAAGAAGGGAAAUAAUUCGACCAAGAGCAAGCCGGUGGUGCCGGAGCCACUACAGGAGGAGGAGGAGGAGGAGAAGGAGGAGGAGGAGCAGAAGGACGUCGUCGAUGCUAAGAAAGCGAAAUCGUCCAAGGGCAAGGGCAAGAAGACGAAGCCUUCCAAGCCGGUGGUGCCGGAGGCACUGCAGGAGGAAGAGCAGAGGGAUGAUGCCGACGCUGCUAAGAAAGCAAAAUCGCCCAAGGGCAAGGAUAACAAGAGGAAGCUCCCGCAGGAGGAGGAAGAGCCGGUGGUGCCGGAGGCACUGCAGGAGGAAGAGCAGAGGGAUGACGCCGGCGCUGCUAAGAAGGCCACGCCGCCCAAGGGCAAGAACACGAGGUUGCCACGUCCGGAGGAGAAGCCGAGGGAGACGGACAGGGAGGCGCUGCUGUACCGGGAGGCCGACGACGACGAGGAGGACGCGGCUCGUCUCGGGGACAUGGAAGAAGAAGGCGCCGACAACGACGACGGUGAUGAUUCCCUCGACGGAGAAGAAGGCGGGGGCCUGAGCAGCGGUAGCGAGGCAGAAGAAGAAGAAGGCGGAGCCGGGGGCAAGAUGGGGUCGUUCGGGGACGACGACGACAACGACGAGGGCGGCAAGGGCGGCGCAAGGCAGGCGCUGCCUCCCGUGCACGUGGUGCCGCUGUACGCUAUGCUCACCGCCGAGGAGCAGGCCACGGUGUUCCGGCCGCCCCCGGACGGCCACCGCCUGGUCGUCGUCGCCACCAACGUCGCCGAGACCAGCAUCACCAUCCCGGGCAUCGCGUACGUGGUGGACUGCGGCAGGCAGAAGAGGCGGGUCGUGCAGCGCGGCAGCGGGAUCAGCCAGUUCGAGGUCGGGUGGGUGUCGAAGGCGUCGGCGGACCAGAGGGCGGGGAGGGCGGGGAGGACGGGGCCCGGCCACUGUUACCGGCUGUACAGCAGCGCCCUGUACACCCAAACCAUGGAGGCGUUCGCCCCUCCGGAGUUGCUGACCCGACCGCUGGAAGACGUGAUGCUGCAGAUGAAGGCCAUGGGGGUCGUCGACGUUUCUCGCUUCCCUUUCCCGACGCCCCCCGACGCCGUCGGCCUUCGCUCGGCGGCCGUCCUCUUAGCGAACCUCGGUGCCACCGCGGGGCGCGGGAGCGCCGCCGCCAGCGGCGACAGUAGUAGCGGCAGCGGCGAGAUCACCCCGGUCGGCAAGGCCCUCGCGCUGCUGCCCGUGGGCGCGCGGUACGCCAAGAUGCUGCUGCUGGCCGUGCAGGGGGGGCUGCUGGCGCACGCCGCCGCCCUCGUCGCGAUGCUCACGGAGGGGGAUCCGUUCGUCAGGCCGGACUCCGCCGUCGCGGUCAAGGGUGAUGGCAGCGAGGAGGGGGAAGAGGGUGGGGGGCGGGGUGAUCAUGCCGAAGAGGUUCGACGGAUAAGGGCGCAGUGGUUGCACCCCACCAGCGACGCGUUGGCGAGGUUGAAAGCAGCCGGGGCGUACGCCUUCGCGACUGCCGGUGGCACCGCCACCGGAGGCGGAGACUUCUGCCGCGAGAACUACCUCCACGGACCGACCAUGGACCGCUCUCUGCAACUCCGGCGGCAGCUCUCGCGCCUCGUCGAGCUUCGCUUCGGGACGGAGCCGGGCUGGAAACGCUGCGACGUUGCCGGCGCGCUGCGUCCGCCGUCGUCGAAGCAGUCGGACGCCUUGCGACAGGUGUUGUUGUCUGGGCUGUUGGACAAUGUCGCUCGAAGGGCGCCGGCGGGGACCGUCAAGGCCGGGAGCAAGCUCUUCCGGGAGUGCGCGUACCUCAGCUGCAACGAGGCCGUCACGGAGCCCCUGUACAUCAAGAGCACCUCGGUUCUGUUCUCGAGAGACCCGCUGGAGCUGCCGGAAUGGGUGGUGUACCAGGACAUCGUGCGCGGCGAACGCGAGGGAGCGGCGGCGCACAUGACGUGCGUGACCGCGAUCGAGGCCGGGUGGAUCCCCGCUCUGGCGGAGGGCUCGCCGCUGUUGUCCUUCUCCGACCCGCUGGUGUCGCCGCCGCCGACGUAUGACAGCGAAGAGACCCACGCCGUCCUGUGCAGGGUUACCCCUCGAUACGGCGUCCACGGGUGGGAGCUGCCCCCGCACCUCACGACGCUGGCCUCCGUGGCGCCGAAGAACAGGCCCGACACGGUCUUCCGGUGGUUCGGGAGGCUGUUGCUGGAGGGAGGGGUGGCCGGGUGCCUCUCGGAGCUGAGGACAAAGGAGAUGCUCAACGAUCCUCCUUCGCUGCUCACUAGGGAGAGGCCGACGAAGAAGGUGGCCAUCCUCGUGCUAGAGCUGCGGCAGCGGGGCGUCUGCUCCCUCCCGGCCCUGCUGCGGGAGUGGCAGAGAGACCCGGCGUACCUCAAGGGCGCCGUCGAGAUGUGGGUCAAGCUUGGCUCCAGGCAGGGCUUCGAGAAGCUUCUUCUGGCAUCCCCCAGUGUCUAA